GUUCAAGAGGUUCCGAGCCAGCCUCCCCGCAUCCACAUCACUUCCAUGCAUUUCUCAUCCACAUCACUUCCAUGCAUAUCUCAGCCGUUCAGAGUUGAGAGGCGCGAAUCCCGAAAGAAGAAAACACGGAAGAUAUAGAUAGCAGUCCCCGCGAAGGAAGAUAAGCAGCUUAUCAAUGGGGUGACUCAAGCCGAGCACACAUCCACGGAUCCGCACAUCCACGGAUCUGCACAUCCACGCAUGGCCGCACCGAUCGGGACGUUCAUGUCGGCUGAGAACAACGAUCCUUUCUCCCUCGGGCGCCGGGAGCUGGACAAAGCCCUCCAAGACGCCCGAGAUCUGUACCACCACCUGAUGUACAUGGAGACGAAGCCGCCGGGCUUCGUCAAGGAGGGAGACUUAACACGGGCGAGGACCAGCUUGCAGAACAUUCUGAGGACGAUCGAGUGGGACCUCAAGGAUCUGGAGGACUCGUUUGAACUGAGCAAGCGGAACGCGAGGGCGCUGAAAAUCGCCGACGAGAAACUCGAGGAGAGGAAGCGAUACAUCGACGAGACGAGGACGGAGGUCGCCUCCAUGAAGGACCGGUUCAACCUCCCCGACGUCCACGGCAGCUCUUCCUCGCGGCCUCCCCGCAAGCAGGUGGAGGUGUCGCACGUGGCCCUGGACCCCGGGGAAGACACGCUCUGGGAGCAUCCCCGACUCAGCGGUUCCAGCGAGCGCACGAUUCAACCCAGAGUGAUCGAUUCAGGCGGUUCAGCCUUGGAAAAGACCAUCGACCUCGUCUCGGGAGUCCUGCAAGCGUCAGCGCUCUCGCAUCAAUAUCACUUACCCUAUGUAAAACUCGAGGAGAGGAAGCGAUACAUCGACGAGACGAGGACGGAGGUCGCCUCCAUGAAGGACCGGUUCAACCUCCCCGACGUCCACGGCAGCUCUUCCUCGCGGCCUCCCCGCAAGCAGGUGGAGGUGUCGCACGUGGCCCUGGACCUUGGGGAAGACACGCUCUGGGAGCAUCCCCGACUCGGCGGUUCCAGCGAGCGCACGAUUCAACCCAGAGUGAUCGAUUCAGGCGGUUCAGCCUUGGAAAAGACCAUCGACCUCGUCUCGGGAGUCCUGCAAGGUUCGAAAUCCCUCGAAACCCGAUCCAUCGCCUUAGAGACAGAGCGACAGAGAAGGCGACUUUAA